UCAACGGCGCAGAGCCGAGGAUCUCAGCGCCAAGAAAUCGUGUCACACAACGGAGACGCUCAUCAGCCACCACCUCAUUCGCGAUUGAUCAGAAAACUGGAGGAAUCUGAUGGAACAUUGUUAUGCCUAAUAGUAGCAUCCUGCAAACUGGUCAGCACUGUCUGCAAUUUCCAUGUGUUUCUAUUAAGUGAUGAUGGUUUUACCAGCAAAGAAAUCACUGAGUUGGUGACUGGCACAAUGGUGGUUGCUAUUUGCUACCCCUAUAUACUUUUGAAAUGGCACGAAUUGAUCUUGCCGAACUUGACACCCUUGAAGUCGUGGGUCGCAUGGUGUCCUAACGUCAGGAUUUUCAGAGACACAGGCGCUCUUGUGAUUAUUUCUUACCUGCUAUUGCUGGACAUCAAUUCAAGCUUCGUCUCACUUGCCAUCUUUCCCAUCAUGGCCAUUACUUUCAUAGGAGCACUGUACUUUAAGCUCAAUCGUUGUACUGGCGACAUUGCUCGUAAAGUUACUCCACAAUCUUCUAUGGUCGAUGAGAAUACCAUCAAGACACCUAUGGAGCUGGAGAUCAUAGUGGUGGUGACGUUCGGGGCGCUGUUGGUGAUGGAUCAACUUAACGAUAGUGCAGAUAUGGGCUUCGCCUUCACACAGUUUCUCUUGUUCCUGAGCUCCAUUGUGGCGGCAUUGACGCGCAUGAUGAUGAAGCUGCCUCCUGAUCCUUUUCCGGGUAGUGCACCGGCGUCAGAGUUGCUCCGCAAGACCUUGCUUCUACUUCUACUGGUGACGGCACACACAUUGGCCGCGGAGUGGCUGGGCGAGGAUGUGGUUCUGUUCUGCAUGCCGGAGGUUGCCCCGGUGCUCCUCUGGUACAGCCUUCACCUCGACCGCCCACACCACAACCCAAUCAUCAGCGUUGACAAAAUGAAGCCACACAUGAAGGGGCUCAUUGCCCUAUCUACACUGGUCGUAUUUCCUCUUUUCGCAUACAUGGUGAACUCCAUGGAUGUUUCUGGGCUCUCCUGGUGCACGAGGAUCAUGGUGUCAUGUGGCGUCUCAGGGGUUCUGACCUACUACCUUGUGUUCAUGCUACGCUACUGGCAUUGGCCAUGGCAAAAAGAAGCCGCAGCUUCUGGCAGCAGCAAGGACGAUGUCCCGUCCUCCGGCAUGCUCAAGUUUUUGGCAGAUGCUUUACUGAUAACGGCGGCCUUGCUGUUGCUGCUAAGGUAUAUGGUUUCCGUCCGACUUGGUCUGCAGCCAUCAUUGGUUGGUACACUAUAUGUCGAGUGCAACGACUAAGCUAGUUUAUAGUAAUUGCUAGCUGUGUAUAUUUUUCUCCAUGUCAUCCAGAAAAAUAUCGGGUACCAUUUUCAGCAACGGAACGGAAGUAUGGUAAAUGUGAUUAUAUGUAGUAUGAAGUGGGGGACAUCGAUCAAGCUAUAUUUUCAGCGAUUAAUUUUGUA